ACACACAAUAAUCUUUCAUCACGCCUCGUCUUAUUGAGAUAUUUUCACCUGAAUCUUCAGCACGUCAACAAACAUCAAAUGCAAUGAUGGCUGAUGAAAAAGACGUCACUUUGUACAAAUCUCGUUGCAUAUGCUCAUAUUUGCGAACAUCGAAAUUGUAUUUUGAGAUAGCUAAUGAUUUAAAGGAGCAAAUAUCAAAGCCAAAUGCUGUAGUGGAAGAUUUAAACAAAUUCUGUCAGUCGUAUAUAGAAAAUUCUACAUGGAGUACAAAAAUUCAAAAUGCAGUUUAUCAACAGUUAAGGAGAUUAAAAAUUGACACUGUUGUUGCUGACCAAAAGUGUUCCAAAGAGCCACUUCACUUCCUACAAAAAGCUCAAAGAUCUUGGGAGAAGAGAGUGUUAAAAAGCAUUAAUAGCAUGUGUACAGAAUUGUCCCUUCCUUUGGCACGUAAGCGAUCACCAAAAGACCAGGCUGCGUUGUUGUCAAAGUUUAAUACACUUGGUUCGGAAUGUGAUAUGACGGUGCUAAACAAAAUAAGACCUGUGUAUUCCACAAUCGAUUUUAUGGAGGUGGUUUUGAGCGUCAGGAAUCCAAACUAUACGCCUCUAAAACAGAAUCCAAACUUAAUGAACGGUUGGGGACGAAUUCAAGUACAACUUAAAGUAAAGACGAUCUCAGAGUUGCGCGUGUUUUUCAAAGAAAUAGAACAAUGUGGUAGUCAGUAUGGCGCAUACGAUGGUGAAACAAAUUCUAAAGAUCUAUCUGAAAAUGAUUGGUAUAAAUUGGGGAAAAGGGUGAUCGAUAAAGAAAGUUGUCCUUCAGCGCAGCAGUAUGCAAAAUCUGGAUGUCCCAGUAGCAUUAGACGACACAUUUGGGCUCUACUCUUAGAUAUAGGUGAAAAAGAUCAGAAUAAGCUGCACUUUGAAACACUUAAAUCUUACGUUUGCAAAUAUGAUUUGCUGGUUGAUAUUUUAAUUAAGAAGGACAUCAAGUCUACAGCAACAAAUGACGAUCAAUAUUUCGUUUUUGAAGACUUGCUUUACCAGGUGUUGAUGGCGUUCGCUCGUGAUACGAAAGUGUUGAGGUAUUUUGAAGGAACACCGGCAAAUCCACCCAGAUCUUACAUAAGAGGAAAACUGGGCAUAGAAGAAUAUGCUGUGUACUAUCCACCCAAUGGUAGUGUUAUUCCGUUUCAUGGAUUUUCUAUGUAUGCUGCUCCGUUGUGCUAUAUAUAUGAAGAUCCGUCCAGUCUUUACCAUGCUUUUAGAGGAUUAUUUACGAGAUAUUUCAUGAGGCUUCACAACAUCUCAUCACAUCCUCAGGGAAUAGUGUCAUUAUGUUUGCUCUUUGAGACCUUACUUCAAACUCUGGAGCCUGAUUUGUUCUAUCAUCUCAGACAGAUAGGAUUUCAUCCCGUAAAAACUGCAUUCAAUUGGAUAUUUUAUGUGUUCUCUGGAUACUUGGAAAGUGAGCAAGUACUAACACUGUGGGACAGAAUUCUUGGGUAUGAUUCUCUGGAAGUUCUUUCAGUGCUGGCUCAUUCAAUAUUCUCAUUUCGGGGAAAGAGUCUACUUGACGUCACAUCUCCGGGUGGUGCUGAGGCCGUCCUAAAUGACAUCACUGAUAUAAAGGUUGUUCCGUUGCUUCAGAGAACUCUGUUCCUGUGAUUUAUAAUCACGAACAUGGUAAACAUGCAUUAUCGUCUUUUGAACACACUUCAAUCCAACGUCGGCCGUUGCUGAGAGUGGGAUGCAGAAGUUUCUUUUCUCGAUCAAACUUGAUUUCUACUGGAAGAUAAUCCGCAGCAAUCACUCCAUUCCUUUUUUAAAACAGAUAAUACUGAUAUAUCAUCUAUAUGAUGCGUUCUCUGGGCACCACAUUUUGUGCAAGGAUACUCAACGCUUUUAACAAUUUUCUUACACAGUUUUCGUAUUUUCCGAAUAUCCAUGAAAAGAUUUAUCUUAGCAACAUGCAAACACCCUAUAUUACCUUUGCAACAUACAAACACACUGUCUUUAACUAGUAACAUACAAACAUCCCUGCCAUACCUAUGCAGCAUACAAACAUCCCUGCCAUACCUAUGCAGCAUACAAACAUCCCUGCCAUACCUAUGCAGCAUACAAACAUCCCUGCCAUACCUAUGCAGCAUACAAACAUCCCUGCCAUACUUAUGCAGCAUACAAACACACUGUCUUACCUUGCAACAUACAAAUACACUGUCUUACCUUGUAACAUACAAACACACUGUCAUACCUUGCAACAUGCAAACAAACUGUCUUACCUUGUAACAUACAUUCUUAAGAUCCUCGAGAGGCUUGUUGGUCCCUUUAAUUUCGCAGCAUCUCUUUCGAAUUCAUCGAUUGCAACUUUAGUAAGCUGAUGGGAGUGACCAGUUCUAAAUAUCUGUUAGAAAUAUCAAUUUUGUUUAGUCAUUUUAGAAAUUUUUUAUCAUUAUUCGAUCAUUACAUAGAACGUGUCGUUUUGAACAAAAUUUUGUUUAACUAGUUUGUUGUUUUUCACAUUAUGUUGUGCUUACAUGCAUUCUGGUACCAUGUUGUGGAAACAAAAAGUUGCCCAAACUGUAUACGGUUAAUUGAUAAUUUCUCUUCACGUGACCCUGUAUGACAUGGGGAUGUGCGCCUAUUACCGCUGACACUCCCAGCGAAUGAAGAUAAUUGGCAACGCGCUUCUGAUCUUCUUGCCUAACUGUUUUAUAUUCUUUUCCCCAAUGCAUGUAAACUAUUAUUACAUCCACUUUUUCCUUUAAAUGUAAAAAUAGGUGUAAAUUGAAAGCGAAAAUUUUAGUCUGUGCAUGCUAACAUUACAAACGCUCUUUGUUUUGUGAAAAAGUAGAUUUUCCCACAGUUGUAAUCAUGUUGUAAAGAAAAUUUUCUUAAAUCUAAAAUUUACCUUCAAUUUUUGAA